AUGGCAAAAGCCGCCAAAGCGACGGGUGAAGAGUGGCCAGCUCUGUGUGCGUCAGCGCCCAGCUCCAGCACAAAAGGAUGGGAAAGAGAAGUCAGGAAGGACAAAGAGCUUUUGAGGAGAUGCGGGCUUUCGGUGCAUGAAGUCGCGUCAGACGGGGCGUGCUCCUUUAGAGCGUUUGCCCACCAAUUGCUGGGGGAUGAGCUGGGUCACGUGAAGAUGCGAGAACGCUGUGUAGACUUCAUGCUGGCGCACAGAGAUGAGUUUGAGCCGUUCAUUGCCGAAGAGUUCCAUGGCUAUUGCAGCAGCUCCAAUGCAAGCGAUGGCAGGUUUGCGGUCUGA